UCAUCAUCAUAACAAUACAUUGCCAAGCUAUGAAAACAUUGCUGGUAUAAACAGCUUUUUGGAGCACAGGGUAGGCACACUGCUUUCUCAGUGUUAACAUCGGCGUGCCACAAUGAGUGUACCUUCUAAAAUCGCUUUAAAAUCCAGCUUGCUGCAGUUAAAUUGCCAUUUUACUUGGAGGCUGCUAGAAAAAGAUAGCAAUGCUGAUGAGUUGAAAGAAAGGCUUGAUUACCAGCUUAUAUACCUGGUCACCAGCAACAAAUACAUGGUGUACAAUCUCCUUGCCUACAUAAUGCACUUGAAAGGUGAUUACACAGAAGCCAUCGUUAACUUGAAGAAAGCAGAGGAAAAUGUUGAAGAGAAUAACGCUGAUGGAAAAAUAAAAAAGUUCCUUGUGACUUUUGGAAACUUUGCCUGGAUAUACUUUUACAUGAACCAGUAUGAGAAAUCUCAGAUGUACAUAGAAAAGGUAAACCACAUUUAUGAUGAGCUCAAGCAAUUGCCUAAUGCUACUAACAAAAUAGCAGAGGUGUAUGGUGAACAAGGGUGGUCACUGUUAAAGUUUUGUGCACAAUAUUACGAGAAAGCCAAAGAAUGCUUUGAAAAAGCUCUGGAACAAAACCCAGAAGAACCUGAGUGGUGUUCUGGUCAUGCCAUAGCGGUAUACCGUUUGGAGGGGUUGAAUAGUAAGAAAUGUGAAGCUUCUGAAAGCAAAUCCCUAGAGCUCUUGCAACAUGCUGUAGAAGUAAAUCCAAAAGAUGCUGUCUUGAAAGCACUUCUUGCACUGAAACUGCAGGAGCUAAAUAGAAAUAAGGAAGGAAGAACAUACAUAGAAGAAGCUCUGAAACAAGCUCCAAAUCUUCCAUAUCUACUUCGUUAUGUGGCCAAGUUUUACAGAAAAGCUGGGCUGAUAGAUGAGGCUUUGAGUGUCCUAAAAGAAGCUGUUGACCUUAUGCCAACCUCCGGAUUUCUUCAUCACCAAAUAGGAGUGUGUUACAGGCAGAAAAUGAUCAAUUUAAGGAAGCUUGAAAAGGAAAACCCUCAACUCCGGUACGUACACCAGGAACAAGUGAACGAGUUUGUUAAUAAAGCCAUUUUUCACUUUGAAAAGGUGCUGGAACACAAGAAGACAUUUGUCUACGCACACACAGACCUAGCAAAUAUGUAUUGUGAAUUAAAGGCCUACCAGAAAGCAGAUGACACAUUUAAACAAGUUUUGCAAUUUACUAAUCUCACAGAUGAAGAGAAGCAACAGGUCAACCAGGCUUAUGCCCGCUUUCAAGAGUACCACAGGAGAUCUGAAUCAGAAGCAAUAAAGUAUUACAAAGAAAGUUUCCAGAUAUCAUACCCAAGUCUGUCCAGGGAUUUAAGUGAGAAAGCGUUAAAAAGACUGGCCGAAAGGAAGAUAAAGAUUUAUCCACCUCAGGUGUCUGGUUUUGAAUUGCUUGGGUUUGUCUAUAAGAAUAAUGGAAACAUAAAAGAUGCCAUUGAAUGCUAUGAAAAGGCCUUGAAAUUUGAUCCAGGCAAUGAUGAAUAUUUGAGUGAGCUGUGUGAUCUGAAGCUGAAAAUAUGAAAAAUACUUAUUCUAAACUGGUACAAAGGCAAUGAUGUGCACCAAUUUAUAGCACCCAAUCAGAAACCAGCGAACAGUAGGAUAGUGCAAAGCAACUUCUGAUUGGCUGUUAAAGUAAAAUUGCACUUUAAAACAAAGUGCAUGUAUGCCUUUUGCCCCUUUCUCCUGAAUUAAAUUAAACUAUCCUCCACUACAGAUGCAUACUUACCUUGCUCCAAUGUCCAUAGUUCUGUUGUUUGUUUACAACCAGUGGUGUUCAUUAGUACCCAACGGUCUUCUAUGGCGCUGUGUCUUGAGACCAGGAAUGAUCCCAUAGAUGUCUAUGGGGAUGUAAUGUGCAGGAGCAGACAUGGUUAACAGCUUUAAGUCUUUAGGCAGAACUGCAAUAAAGAUUAUCUGAUGGGGACUACAGUAAUAUUUGAUUCCAUUAUUUUAGUUAGUUGGGCACUAUUGAAUAUUACAUUAGAAUCUCAUACAAAAGUGCGCAUAUCCCUAUAAACUCAAUAUAAAUAAAUAAAAAUAAAUCAUAAAUCCAUCACAUAAAAAGUACGUCAAUAAUAAUAUCCACAUUAAAAAUCAAACUUAUGUGCAUACAAUACCUAGAAUCAGCCAAACAAGUUCAUAUGGGAAAUAGAUGAU